AUGAAACAGCUGCUUAAAUUGGGAAGGGUCCGCCUUGUUCUGAGGCCGUUACGUAAUCUGCACAAGAAUGAAGCAGGAAAAUAUGUGCCCAUGGGGAAGACAAUUGAAGAAACUUACAAGAAGGUCGACAGCCUCGAGCAUGUGUUGCUUCGGCCAGACAUGUACGUCGGCUCCGUUGAGAGUUCGAAAGAGAAGAUGUGGGUCUUCGAUUCAGAAACGACGAAAUUCGUUCAAAAAGAAAUCGAGUUCAUCCCCGCUCUAUACAAAAUUUACGAUGAAAUCCUUGUCAACGCCGCCGACAACAAAGUUCGCGAUCCCAAUCAGAACAUGAUAAAGGUUGACAUCGACACAGAAAACAACAAAAUCUCUGUGCUCAAUAAUGGAAGGGGUAUCCCCAUCGAAAUCCACAAAGAGCAUGGUGUCUACGUUCCCGAGCUCAUUUUCGGUCAUAUGAUGACUUCGUCCAACUACGAUGAGAGCGAAAAGAAAACAACUGGUGGUCGAAAUGGUUAUGGUGCGAAGCUCUGUAAUAUUUUCUCCAAGGAAUUCACCGUCGAAACUGCCAACAAAAAUCUUGGGAAGCGACUGACUGUUACUUGGACCGGAAACAUGAAGAAAAAGGGGAACGCCGUUAUCAAGUCUUUUUCAAAGGAUGAUUAUACGAAGAUUACUUUCACGCCAGACUUGGGGCGCUUUGCGAUGACCCAUCUCUCGAACGACAUGGUGUCUCUCUUUCGUAAGCGUGCCUAUGAUAUUGCUGGAACAACUCCGGGCGUGAGCGUUUUCCUCGACGGUCAGCGCAUUGGAUUUAACAAGAAAGAUCCGUUCAAGGACUACUGCAACAUGUACAUCAAAGGGCAGCUCCUGGAUACCGGAAAAGAAGUCACGCUUAUUUACGAGAAACCAGAUAACAAGGAAGCCAAGGGUCGCUGGGAUGUUGGCUUCGCUAUUUCGGACACUGGCUUCCAAAAUGUCUCCUUCGUUAAUUCAAUUAACACGAGCAAAGGUGGACAGCACGUCAACGUCGUCGCCGACCAACUCGUUAAAAAGCUUGAGGAGACGGUCAACAAGAAGAACAAGGGUGGCCUCGCUGUCAAAGCGCAUCAAAUCAAGUCUCAUUGCUGGAUCUUCGUUAAUUCACAGAUUGAAAACCCUGCAUUCGACUCGCAAACGAAAGAAACUCUCACCCUUGUCAAGUCGAAACACGGCUCAAAGCCCAUUCUUUCCGACGCAUUCAUCAAGAAAGUAGAAAAAUCCGGUGUCGUCGAGACAAUCACUAAUUUCAUGAAAUUCAAAGAAAACCAGGCGAAAGGCAAGAUUGGGGGAAAGAAGCAGAAAAAGGUCACAAUCCUCAAACUAGAUGAUGCUCCAGAAGCAGGGAAAACUCGUUCAAAGGAUUGUACCCUUAUCCUUACUGAGGGAGACUCCGCCAAGACUGCUGCUUUGGCUGGUGUUAGCUCGAUGGCUGAUCUCAAAAGAUACUACGGUGUCUUCCCGCUGCGUGGUAAACUUCUCAACGCUCGUGAAGCUGGUCAUCAGCAGCUCACGAAAAACGAAGAAAUCAAAAACAUCAUUCAAGCGAUGGGCUUUGACUUCAAGAAGAAGUACGACAACAACGACGAUUUGAAGUCGCUUCGAUAUGGUCGACUCAUGAUUAUGACAGAUCAGGAUGUUGAUGGUUCCCAUAUUAAGGGCUUGAUUAUCAACUUUUUGCAUCACUUCUGGCCCAACAUGAUCAGGGGACCGACUGUGCAACAAUUCAUCACACCUAUUGUUAAAGUGUUUCUGAAGAAAGAUGAGAACAAGCCUAACUGCAAGAAGACGAACUUCUACUCUCUCCCAGAGUUCAACAAAUGGCAACGCGAGGUGCCAAAUCUUGACGCUUACCGUGUUGAGUACUACAAGGGUUUGGGUACUUCAGGGCCCGAAGAAUUCAAGGAAUAUUUCCAGGAUAUUCAACGUCAUCGCAUACCCUUUCGUUACUCAGGUGCGGUUUGCGACGAGCGCAUCAAGAUGGCCUUCGCUCGUGAUCUCGUAGACGAUCGAAAAGAAUGGCUUACUGAAUACAUGGGAGAAGUUGAGCGACGAGUUGAAGCGGGCGAAGACGAACUUACGCUCUACGAUCGGGAACAGAUCAACUAUGUCACUUACAAAGACUUUGUCGAUAAGGAACUCGUUAUCUUCUCGCACGAAUCUUGUCUUCGAGCGAUUCCAUGCGCCGCGGAUGGUCUCAAGCCUGGCCAAAGAAAAGUUCUCUGGACAUGCUUUAAACGUAACGACAAGUCGAAAGUAAAAGUGGCUCAACUUUCCGGUGCCGUUUCUGAAAUGUCGGCUUACCAUCACGGCGAAGUGUCACUAAUGGAGACGAUCAUCAAACUAGCGCAAAACUAUGUCGGUGCGAACAAUGUGAACCUUCUUGAGCCGUUUGGCCAGUUCGGAUCUCGACGUGUUGGUGGCAAAGAUCAUGCCGCUGCUCGUUACAUUUUCACGAAACUUACGCCAAUCGCUCGAAAGCUCUACCCUGAAAGUGAUGAUGCUCUUUUCAAGAGAAACUAUGACGAUAACAAAAUGGUAGAACCAACCCACUACUGUCCAAUCGUACCCAUGGUACUGGUAAAUGGCUCAGCUGGUAUUGGAACUGGCUGGUCGACAAACAUCCCCAAUCAUAAUAUCCGCGAUUGCAUCAAGAAUAUUCGCCGGAUGAUCGGCGGCAAAGAACCUCUUGAAAUUACGCCUUUUUACGAAGGAUUCAGAGGAAAAAUCGAAAUACUCGCACCUGGCAGGGCUGUCUCCUUUGGCGAAAUCGCGCUUCUCGAAUCAGACGUUGUCGAAAUCACAGAGUUGCCACCUCAAGUUUGGACUGACGACUACAAGCAAAAGCUCAUGAAAAUGCAAGGAGGCACGGAUGACAAAGGCAAGGACUUGCCUAAACUGAUCGAAGAUUUCGACAACAACAGCUCUCAUGACCGAGUCAAAUUCAUCGUUACACUUUCUCCAACCCAAAUGCGAGAGGCGAGGAAGCAAGGUCUCCACGAGUAUUUUGGUCUUGUCAAACCGAUGUGUUUCACAAAUACAAUGGUUCUUUUCAACCAUCUUGGAAAACUGACUGUCUACAAUGAUACCACGGCUAUCGUUAAAGACCACUUCGAGCUUCGAAAAACAUACUACAAGAAGAGACACUCAUUCCUUCUGGACAAGAUGGAAGCACGAGUGCAUUUCAUCACCAACCGUGCUCGAUUUAUUCUUGAAAAUAUCGAGAAGAAAAUCACAGUGAUGAAUGUUAAGCGGAAGGCAAUCGAAGCUACGCUUAAGGAGCGAGGCUACGCUUCAGAUCCAGUCAAGGCUUGGGAGAAGAAGGUUAAAAGAGAGCAGAAUUUGUCUCUCUCAGACGACGAAGACGAAAAUCUCGACGAGCAAGAUCGUGCUGAUGCGAAAUCUGAUUACCAGUAUCUCUUGAAAGAUCUUGUUGACCUUGAGAAAUCGCUGGACAAGAUCCAGGAGGAUUUCAAGAAGAUGCAGCAGAGCAGCAGCUCUGGAAAAUCCAAAGGCAAAGGCAAAAAAGAUACGAGUAUCGAGCCAAGUCAACUUGGAGAAUACAUCGAUCCUCAAAUAAGCGAGGCGAGAAAGAAGACGAUUAUGCGCUCUGGAGUCAAAUCUGAACCCAAGGCGAAAAAAGAACCAAAGGUCAAGGCAGAGCCCAAGGUUAAGGCUGAAAAAAUCAAGAAGGAAGCGAAAGUCAAAAAAGAGGCUGACGAAUCUCCUUCAAAGAUCAGGAAAACUGCGAAAGGAAAGAAUCCCUGGGAAACCGACAGCGAUGACGACUCGGAUGGGGAGGACUUCGAUUUCAACGCUGACAAAAGUAGUGACGAAGAAGUCAUUGCGAAGAAACCGAGCAGCCGCGGAAAGAAGCGCGCCCUCAGCUCGGACGUUGAGAGCAAACCAGUCGCCAAAAAACAAGGGACGAUUAUUGACGCUUUCAAAAAGGCGUCGACGAAGCCAAAGAAAGCCGCGAAAGAGUCGAGUCAGUCGACCAUCGACGAAAGCAGCCAGCAGACGACAGCCUCGUCCAAUUUCAUCGAUUCUGAUUCCGAAGACGACUUUGUUCCAGCGAAGAAGAAAACUGCCAAAGCUGCCUCCAAAAAGAAGGCUGCUCUCGAAAGUUCAGACGACGAAGAUGCCGACGAGUCCUUCAAUUUGGCGGCCAGAAACAAACCCUCCCGCGGACGAGCGACAAAGAAGUACAACUUCUCAACAGACGAGGAUUCGGACUUGGACUAA